CGUGUUUAAGUUCAUAGGACGCCAUGUUGGUUGUCAGGGAAAAAUUGUGAUUGCGAAAAAUCUAGAAUACGAAAUGGCCUACUGCAACUUAUGGGAAGAUCGAGAUGUACGUUUUGACAUCACCUUACAGUAAGUUUGGUUUUAGAAUCCACAGAUACUUGAACUCUGUCUUGUGCAAAUCAGAUCGAUCUAGCAGGGAGCAUGCAAGCAUUGGAAAGCCCACUAAUCACUUUGUUUCCUUUCUUGUUACAGACAAAUGCAGCUUAGACCAGGAGAGGUAAUUGUAGAGCUUUAUUUCCUUGAUUCAAUUGAUUAACAUAGUAUUGCUUGGUUAAUAAUCACUAACACCUCGCUAUGUAAGCCUAUAAUAAAGAAACUGGUUCCAAAAUUGAGAGGCUAUAUUAUGGAGAGUGAAUAAAAUGCAUGUCUUCCGUGUUAACUUGUCAUUGAUUUUAUCAUUUAAGGAGUUAAUUGACAAGCUUGAUUCAGUUGAAGAUACCAAGGGAAAUAAUGGUGAUAGAGGUACGGUACUAACUGUUAAAUUUAAUUGUCACGCAAUUACUUAAAAAGUACUGUACAGUUAAUUAGUGUAUUUACGUUGAUCGGACUCUGUGAAUCAUUUGCCUGAUCGAUCGUCUUAUAAACUGCUCACAUGGUGCUCCCAUGGUUCUGUGACUGGUUUAGGCUUUUCCUGUGAGCCCUUAACUUUAGCAUACAAUGGCAAACAUUUGAGAUGUACAUAAAUUCCAAUCUCGUCAAAGAGACGUUUCCUUCGUUGUAGCCACCCCACUCCCAUCCCCUCAAAUGCCCUUCAGAUUGAAGAUAGGGAAUUGUGGGAGAUUUUGUUUCCAGGAUUUUUCCUUCCUUAUUAAUUGUACAAAUGAUCUUAAAAUUAAUGUUUCUAAUCAAAUAGCCAGUAGAAAAUUGCAUGUGGGUACUAAUGCCUUUUUCUGGUUUCUUAUCCCUUUUUUUUCUCCAGGAAGACUUCUUGUCACUAACCUUAGACUAAUAUGGCAUUCACAGAGUAUGCCCAGGGUAAACUUGUGUGAGUAACAUUGAUUUUUGUAGAUUUUAUUCAGCCACUCUAAUUUCAGCUUCCUGGAGGAGCUUACCAAAAGAAUUAAGAAUAUUUAUUGUUCUACUUCAGAGAUGUCAUCCUCUGAAAAUCUGGAAUAGAAAGAUUGCUUCCCUGACCCUCUCUACUCACACUAAAUUUGUUUCUUGACCCUUCCAUUUCAGUCUUAAGUUUGCACAAAUGAUCCAAAAGCAAAAAUUGAACUUGCAAAAUUAAAACUGCAGUCCUCAACUAUAAAACCCAGUUAUGUGUUUUUUUGUUGAGUUGAUUUGCACUCUUUCAUAGAAUUUUCAGUAGAAAAUGUUUUGAACCCAGAAAUAAUUAUAGUCUUGUAGUCUGGUCCUCAAUGUUAGUUUCUCCAAACAGGACUGUUUUCAAUGAAAGUGAUUGAUAUUUUGCCGUUUUGAAUGGAAAAUGGAAAAAUAAAAGUUUGUUUUUGCAAAAAUCCACAACUUGCAUUAAAAGACAUAUUUGAUCUACACCUUUGUCUAAUUUGCUAGAGUACACCGAAAAAAUCUUGUGUCAGUCUUCUAACUAAAAAUAAUUUAUAGUUUUUGUUUCUAUUAUUGCAGCUGUUGGGUUCAGUUGUGUUGUUAAUGUGUCUACCAGAUCGGCAAAUUCAGUAUGUAUGAUAAUUUUUUUUAACGUGACCAUCAUUAACUUGUUAUUAAAAGCUAAGUUAAACAUAUUUCAAAAUUAUGCAGUCACUAUAACCUUUAAGUUACUAAUUUUGUUUCAUAAACAAUUCAGUUUUGGUUUUCUUUUUUCAGUUGAUUUAUCAAAUUUUAUUCUCACCAACAAUGCAUUUUAGGGUACAAAGCAGAAGUUAUCAAUCAAAAAGAAAAUGAUUUUUCUUUGAAAAAAUGAAUGUCACAUUCUUCCCUCACCCUUUUUUUUUUGUCUUAUCCAAUUUACAAAUUUAGAAACUUCGGGGACAGACAGAAGCUCUAUAUAUCUUAACAAGGUGUAACAACACAAGGUUCGAGUUUAUCUUCACAAAUCUGGUAAGACUUUUUUCACAUUAUCUGCACUUUGUUUUGUUUAGUAGUUUCAAGCACUUGUUGGGAAAGAUAUGUUUUAAUAUCCACAGGGUGAAGCAGGUCAAGUCUGCUGAUGUACUGCAAUUUAUAUUGGUAAUAGGACUGAAUGGAGUCUAAUUCAGUCUGUAAAUUUAGUACAAGUGAUGAACAAAAUUGGAUGACCAAAAAGCAAGAGUCUGAUUUGUUAAUCAUAGGUAUGAUCAGAGAUAAAAAAGGACAACAAGAAGUCCUGUUAUCAAUUAAUCAAAUCCAUGACAAAUUUUGAGAAAGAAACUAGACAAAGCUGAUAUACAUUUUCAUUGAAAAAAGAAAACAAUGGUUAACUUGCCUGGCAAAAUGGAGUUUAAAUCUGGGCCGGGUUUUCCAAAACAAGGAUUAACUAACCCAGGGUUAGUGUGAAUUUUUAAUUUAGUUUUUAUAGCUCUGCAAAGGGAUUUUUUGUUCACAUUUCCCCUAGUAGUUUCAAGGUAUACUGAGAUGAAACCCAACAAAACCUUAACUCUCAAACAUGCUCUUCUACGCCAGAAAUUAAAGCCUAGAUUAACUUUUAAACCUAAAUUGACGUUAACCCCUUUUUGAACAACCUGGCCCUGUUAAUUAAUUGACUUAUAUAUAUUUUACAUUUACAGGUUUCUGGUAGUCCCAGACUUUUUACAACAGUGAUUUCAGUUUUCAGGUAUGUGGAGAGGAACUUUGAGUUAUCAAUUACCUUGGCCUCCUUUUUUUCUCAUUCUUUAGUGAUUCAUUUCUGAAAAAUGCCCUCUCUUAUCAGAGCAUAUGAAUCUUCUAAGUUGUAUCGUGACUUAAAGCUUCGUGGGGCACUGAUCCUUAAUAAACAACUGCGGCUCUUACCAUUGGAGCAAGUUUAUGAUAAGGUAAUGUGGGAAUGUUUAAUUAAAAUUACUAUAUUAUAGCAUUUGAGAGUUUUUGUGCAGCUUAUUGCAUCCCAGAAGAUAUGCACAUGUUAUCCAGCCUCCUUUUAUAAAGUUUCUUGGUAAUCAUAUGCAUGUUUAAAAUGAUUGGAAAAUCAUUUUAAUUUAUCAAGCCUCCUUGUAUAAAGUUUCUUGGUAAUCAUAUGCAUGUUUAAAAUGAUUGGAAAAUUGCUGUAAUUUUUAAACCAAAAUUAAAAAUGAAGAAAAUCUUUCUGCUCUGUGGAACUACUCAGGUUGUCUUUUUCAGUUGUGUUCUGAAUGGAUGUGUUAAGAAAGUCAACAUUGUUGGGUAUUAGUUGCAACAUGCAUGUUAAGUGUCUUGAUAUGGAGCAAAAGACAAUAACUCAUAACCACCUUUAAUCAAUUUAAUUUGGUAUUAUCAACUGAGUUGAUAAGUGAACAUAAAUUGGCCCCUGUUAUACACUAUGAACUCAAAACCCAUGAAAAUCUUGUGAAAUAAUUCAUUGUAAAUUCACAGAUUUUUCACAGGAUUUUCAUGGUUAAAUCAAUGACAUUUUCAUGGUCUCAGUGCCAUGAAAAAGACCUGAAAAAUCCCAUGAAAAACCUGUGAAAAUUUCCAUAUUCACGACCCAUGAAAUAUUGAGUAAAGUGACCUAGAAGCCAUGAAAUACCCAUGAAAAUGGCAUUUCAUGGCCUUUUCAAAGGUACUGAGAAACUCAUGAAUUUCAAGCCCAAAAUUUCAUGGUGUCAAAGUUCACUAGUUUUUAAUGGGUUGCAGCAAAUCAUGACCCAUGAAUAUCCUGUGAAUAUGUUAAAAAUUCAUUGACCAUGAAAAUUUUCCUUGAAUUUUCAUGGCCUCUACAUGGUUUUUUUCAUGGCACAUGAAAGUAAAUUGCCAGUUAGUUUUCAUGGGGUUGUUAGGAAUAUGCAAGCACCAUGAAAAUUCUUUGGAAACCCUAUGAAUUUGGAAUUAAAAAUUCUUCACUUUUCUUUGUACCAAAGACUGUACUACAGCAUAUAGCUUGCAGUAUACCAUAACUUUAAUACAUACACCAUCACUUAAUUUAUACACUGAAGAACUAACCUAUCUGUGAAACUUCUUGGUCCUGUUGUACAAGCACACACACAUGAAAGAAAUGACCAGAAGUCUGGAUUCUCUGAUAGUUUAUUUUGUUUCACCAGCUGUACAUAAAUAUUACUUUAGGAUUCCAAAAUUGUGAUAAUUCAGUUUACACUUUCUUAAAUAAAAAAAGUUGGUAUGAAAUUUUCUGCAUAAAAUUAAGAUGUUAAUGAUUUUUAGCUCUAUUUUGAUAUCACUGAUUUUCCUUGUGGAGACAGAUUCUGCUCCUAUAUUUCUGUUUAUUUAAACUAUUUUGAAGGUAUAUUAUAAAUAAAUUUGAUGUGAAAAAUAUUUGGACGAAAUUAUUGAAAAUAUACUCACUGGUUUGAUGUAUUUUUGUCUAAACUUCAAAUAUCAUUUCCUUCGUCUAAUAUCAUGUGUAAAAUGUUAUGGACAGUUAUUAUAAUGUCUAUUUAUGUAAUAGCAUUCAUGUAAAUUUCUUGAUAUGUUUUACACUUGUGAUCAAUACUCUCAAGGUAACUAACAACAAAACAAUUACCAAUUUUCUGCACUCUUGCAUGUGUGAAGAUAUAUCUAUGGCUGACUAUGGCAGUGUCUCUCUGUUUUGGCCACCUGAAUGUGCCAUCCUUCUUUCGGUUAUCAUUACUAUUUGCAUCUUCAUCAUCAUUUGGACCAAGAUAGGCUGCUUUAGCAAGUUUGCAUUUCCUUUCGUCAGUUUUGUAGACCAACACUCUUCACUGUUUGCAAAAUAAAGGGAGCACAUCAUCAGUUAUCUAAGAGCCUUUCUUAUGUACGUAGUAAACCUAAGUGAGGUGAGGUAUUUCGUAUUCAGAAUUUGACUGUAUUUUUUAUUCCUAAGAACGGUCGUAAGUAUUUCCAUACAAACUCUUGUGAUGUUUCGCCAGAUGAUUACAGAAUAAAAAUUUUUAAGUUAAAUCAAUAGUUAGCGCGCACGCUCCGAUGUUUACGCGUAAUAAGAUGACCAAGCUUGAACUUACCCCUUCACGUUGUAAUGCAUAUCGAUAACUUCAUCUUGAGGAAACCUCUUUGAAAAAACUUUUCAGACGGUCCAUUGCGUUGAUCUGGAAAAAAAGAGACUGCUACACAAACACUACGAGAAAUGCAAUUGGAAUGGAACCAUUCCGUUCGAGGUACGAAAAAAACCGCCACUUCUUCGUAAAUCACGUGUACUUUCAAGUGGUGACCUUAGGUCAUCGCAGCCAUCAUAGGUCAGCGGUCACAUAGUGACCUCACAGGUUAUCGUGUUCGACGUUACGAAAUGACUCCGAAGAGGUCUUGUUGCUGCGUCUGUAAUCUUACAAAAUAAAGCAGCACAAAAAGCUGUUCGGUAUUUGGAAUUCAAGCAAGUAACAAUCGACAGGACAUCAGAGUCCAAGAAAGUCAGAGCUGACAUCGAAAGUGAUUCCUGUGAAAGCGAUCACGAAAUCAACAACGAUGUUGUAGAAGGCAAUCUCAAUGAAUACAUGAAGGUAACGCGUUCAUCCCGACUGAGAAGAUGGCGUGACUCUGUUAACCGGCGAUUCUAUGAACGAGGUGAAAAUAGCAUUUUUUUCAGGUUACAUUUGCACACUAUUCAAAGUUCCAAAUUGAGGUGACAAAGUGAUUGAUUUUCAUUGUUUUGUUCCACAUUUCGUGUAGAUGCAAUGCGUACUAUUGCUGUGCAAUUUAAGCAUCUGUACUCUGCAGCUGCCUUACGGGAAAAGCCCUAGAAGAUUCCUCAGUCGUAAGAAUGUAAGAGAAGGCCUUGAACAGGUUUCCAGAGUCAUGGCUAAUAAUCAAAGCCAGCAGUGAGGCAGAAAAAAAGUCAACAAAGUCGUCCAGGCAUGGCGAAGGCAAAAACGCCCCAAAAAAUCAAAGUGAGGAUCAAACAUCUGGGUCAUUGCCUCCAGCCCCAUUUGUCUCAACAAAGGAGCAAAUUGAAGAUCCAUUGUUUUUAGUCAUUGUUUUGUGAUUUCCUGUACAUUUUACGUUAACGAAGGCCACUUAAGAUGUUUAGGGACAUUUUCAUUCGACAGUUUUCGCGCUGUACACCAAAAAUUCCAUCAGUGGAUAAAUUUAUAACAAGUCAGUUCCACGGAUCAUGAAAGUCAGCUCGUUGAUAAAUCAGUGACUGUGAUGAACUCAUUAAUACCACUUUUAAUGGCCUAUGGAUUUAUCAAUGAAAUUCAUGGGCAACAGAUUUCAGGAAUAUUCAUGGCCCAUUAAUUUUGUUCUCCCAAAACAAAUAAAUUGUUAGCCCAUGAAAUGCUGUUUGAUUGCAAUUCAUGGGCAUGAAAUUCAUUCUGAUGACUUUCUGGGGAAACUAAUGGGUCAUGAAAGUAGACUUUGAAGAAAUUCAUGGGUCAUGAAAGUAGGCAUAUAAAAAGAAAUUCAUGGGUCAUGAAAUUAAUUCUGGUGACUUUCAUGGCAAAUCAAUGGGUCAUAAAAAUAGACUUUGAAGAAAUUCAUGGGUCAUGAAAAAAAUUCUCCUAAUUCAUGGAAAAUUCAGGGCUAAAAAUAACCCCAUGAAAUUUCAUUUUGCAGUAUUCAUGGGCCAUGAAAUGAUCUUCAUGGGUUUUUCACAUGAAAUUCAUGGAAUUUUCAUAAAACUACAGUUCAUAGUGUUAUGAGUUUCAAAGCUGAGGUUUCAAGCAUUAGCCCUUUCUUGGAGUACUGAUGAAGGGCUAACACUCGGAAUGUCAGCUUUGCCAAUUUACAGGAUCAAUCCAGUUAACAAUACCAGAUUACCUUGUUUUAUUCUCCCACUGAUAUGGCAGUACUGUGACAGUUUUUUAAGAAUCUUACCCCUUUUAUUCAUCCACCUUUAAUCAUUAUUCAUUUAAAUGUGUUUUUUAUACUAGAUAAAUGGUGUCUGGAACCUCUCCAGUGAUCAGGUACUGAAUUUGUUGAUUUUCUUUUCUCAAAAACUCUUCCUAUGUUCACCUUCCCAAAGGGUGCCAUUAGAUAAGGAGAAAGCUAGUUGUUUAUUUUAGUUGUUUUCUAUUAUUAACUGAGGUGAUAACAUAAAUUUGCCACUGUAGAGAGUUUCAAAGCUGACAUUUCAAGUGUAAUAGCCCCUCAUCAUUCACUCUGAUAAAAGGCUAAUGUUCAAAAUGUCAGCUUUGGAACUCUUUAUAGUGGCCAGUGUACGUUAUCAACUCUGUUCAACUUGAUAAUACUAAAUUACCCAGUUUUACUUUCCCAUGAUUGUGGUAUCACAGGUUCUUUAGAAACUAACCCCCUUUCAUUGUUUUAGUGGUUGUUUAGGAAAUUUCUUAUCCUCUAGAUGUGUCAAUCCAGAUUCUCACAAUGUACAUGAAAAGCAAUGAAUCUGAAUUGAUUCUUUACGCUCAAGCUCUUAUAUUGUAAAUAGUGGAGGCUAUAAGUAGCCAGACAAUGAUCAAUUUAGAACUCUGCCAUCCAAAACAAGAGCAAACUUAUGGCAAAUUGCAGAUUUUGAAAACUAAUUUUCCUUGCCCUGAAUUUAUCAGAAAUGAUUAAAAUGUCAUUUAUCUCGAUGGUAUCUUGUUAUUUAAUUUUUAUUAUUUUUUAUUAGUUAAAAACUUCAUUAGCAUUACUAGUGUUUAGGUGUUUAGAGAUUCAGAGUGAGGACUGUUGAGAGGUUAAUUUUCUGUUUUUGAUGUUUCAGGGAAACCUUGGAACUUUUUAUAUUACCAAUGUUCGCUUGGUGUGGCAUGCAAACAUGAAUGACACAUUCAAUGUCAGUAUUCCCUAUUUACAAAUGGUAAGUUCAAGUGUGAAAUUCUUCUUGAUUAGUAAGUAUGUCUACAUAUUUAGGUAUUUCACUUUUAAUAUAGUUAAUUAGCUUAUAAAUUUAACAUGAACAAAAAUAUUGAGUUAGUGCUUACUUAAAUUUAACAAUGGAAUCACUUUUAACUUCUUGGAAUUUUUGUUUUCUGACUGCUCUUGUCAUGGACAAGUUCACAAACAACAACCAACCUUUAGCCCUUAAAACCCUAAGAGUGACCAGCUACUAAUUUCUCCCUACAGUAAUAGUGCUGAAUCAUUCAUUAAGAUCACGAGAAUAAAGGGAAAGAUCACCAACCAAAGAAGCUUUGAUUGCUCAACAAAUUCUCUUUGCCAGUACCAAAGGAAAUGUACAGAGAAAAGAAUGGAGAAUAUGGAACUGUAGUUAGGUUGUGAGGGGUUAACAGAAAACUCAUUGCAGAAAAAAAAAUAAAAUAGACCUGAUUUCCACUCUUAGAAAUUGGAAAAAGAUCCAGAUUUUCUUUUAUUUUGGAGGUUUCAAUAGACUGCAUAAGAAAUAAGGAGAUUAGAUUGUAUCAAGGGGAGUUCAACUUUGUAUGACAUGUUGGUAUAAUAAUUGAGGUAUUAUAAAUCACAGUGUUGGUGCUGUUUUCAACAGAGAUCAGUCAAAAUAAGGGAUUCCAAGUUUGGACUUGCAUUAGUUUUGGAAACUUCACAGCAGGUACUACUACAAACAACAGGCAAAAAUGGUUAAUUUAUGGCAACUUUGCUAAUAUUCCUUAGUAACUUGAAAUAUUUAGCUUUAAUCUCUCAUAAUCAUUUUUGUGCAGAUGAGGCAGUUUGUGGUUAACCAACUUUUAAAUACUUGGUUUGAAAUUUAAAUAAUUGAAAGAAAUCCCACACAAUUUUUUAAAGGGGAAAUCCCAAAGAUAGAGCAUGCCAUCCUUUAACCCAUCGGCAAGGUGUGUCUUAAAUCCUUUAAAAUAGUUGUGAAUAAUCAUCUUGAUGCCUGACAGUCUUUGAUUUUUGUGUGUUUGGCUGUUUAGAGUGGUGGAUAUGUACUUGGGUUCCGUAUUGACCCAGGAGAGAAAUUACAAGAAGCAGCUAAAGAAAUUCAAAGUUUACAAAAGGUAAUUGGUCACAGACUUGACAUCUCUGUGUUACUUUUACACUAUUGUUGAAAAUGAACAAUAAAACUGUGAAUAUUGACCACACAUCACAACCCUUAAAGAACAUCAACUAUUUUGUAAUAAUUAUUGUAAUAUCAUUGUAUGAAAUAGCAUCUAAUUGACUGUUUUUGUUGCCGUUGUUGUUAAUUUUCCAACAUUCUGAUAUAUUGUACCUUUUUCCUAUUCUAUCUUUCUUUCAGGUUUACAGUGCCAGUCCAAUAUUUGGAGUGGAAUUUGAAACAGAGGAAAAGGUUUUCAUCAUUUUAAGUUUUCUAAUCUAUAACUUGUAAGGUUGGAUAUCUAAAAAUUAGGGCCACUGUUGAGACAAGGAAACCAAGCUCUAUCAUGAGUUUUGGGACGUGUAGGAAGAAAAUGAUUGGAAAUUCUUGUUCUGUUUAUUUUGUAUGUCCUUUGAGCCUCACUUGAUGCAGAAUUUUGACUUCUCAGAGGAGGAUUGACUUAAAUUUAACUGAAAAUCUGCAUUCCAGUCAGCAGUAACUCUUACCUUUUGUUCCCACAUUUUGCUGUUGAGUGAUUAUUAUUGUGUUUUUGUAUUUCAGCCCCAAACAGUAGAUGAGGUUACAGUUGACCCAGUCCAGGAUGAUAUAGAGAUUGUUAACGAGGGGGAAGGCACUGAUGCCUUUGCAGUAAGUAGUCAGUAACUUUCUCUCCAUAUUUUCUAAACCUUUUUCCAAAAUGGUUUGACCUUCCAGAAUGACCAAACCUAUUUGAGGUAACUGAUCAACUCAAGAACAUUUUGCCUAGCUGCUAAUUUAAUGCCAUGUUUAUCUACAGUGUAUGGCUGGAAGAGAUCACUUACAACCACCUCUUUGAAGAAGCCACUUUUGUUGUCCUCUAGAUGGGAAAGAGUUUUUACUCUUUAUAUUAUAGCCUGUGGUGGCUUCCCUGUUAUAGCCAGUUAUUAGAUGCCACUGUGUCCACUGGUGGAGUGGCCAACCAUUAUCUAAAAGGCACAGGAUCAAUCCCUUCAUUGUUUCAAAUCCUAAAUUUGUUGAUUUCUUUGCCACAAUGACUGUAAUGUCAGCUUAUCUCCAAGAUCAAUUUGUUUCAUGCUGUCUCAUGCACAUUUCCAAAUUAAUUUGAUAUAAUACUCUUUGUCACAUCAUUUGUUCUCCUUUAAGAAUUAUUCAGUCUUUAUGGUAUGUGACUGUGUAUUUUUUUUUCUAUUUCAGGCAUACUUUGCUGAUGGUGAUAAGGUAGGUGUCCAUGCCCUAUGUUAAUGCAUUUGCCAUCAUAACACCAAAGGUAUAAAUUGAAUAGCUCCUACAUAGAAAUUCUCCAUUAUAAUUAUUUCCAAAAUGCAAACUACCCGAUAAGCAGUUUCCUACGUACAAGUUUGAUUUUGAAAUACUGUUCAAUUGUGUUUUUAAAGGCCUAUGUUAUACCAAAUUCAUUGGUGGAAUUUCUUGUAGUUUAAAAUAGCUCUGUCACUGAUGAAGAUUCAACAUUUGAGGCUGGUGCAGUAGUAGUGAGAUAAGUCAUGAGGAGUAACGUGACUGGUAAUUUUUCUAUCUUUGUUCUUUGUAGUCAAGUGAUCGUGAACCAGUGUAUUCAGAGCAGCUGGGCCUAGCUGUGGAGAAAUUAAAGGAUGGCUUCACCUUACAAGGGCUCUGGGAAGUUGUCCCAACUCAAUGAGUUUCAUUCUCUUCAUCAAAUAAGUGGCUACAGAGUUGACUUUGCUUUGGCUGUGUAAAUAUCUGUAUUCAAAUUAAUCCAGGAAAUUGUACAAAACCCGUCAGUCAAAGGCCAGUCAAAAGGCUGGAACAAGUUCCUGUUCUUUAAAUAUUGUGUUAGUGUCUCCUAAGGUACAAACAUGUUUCCUGUGACAUUUUUUAUUAUUUUCUUGUAAAUAGCUUGCUAGCCAAUGAAAACUGUUAUGAGAUGAGCAUGUGCAUAUAUCAAGUGGGAUAUUUCAUAGUAAUUGUAGGUUUAACAAUCAACAGCAUUGACAUGAAAUUGUGAAAGUAUUAAUAGAGUGACGAAGUGAUGCUGUGUCAAGCCUUAAUUUAUUUAAACUUAAAAUAAUAGAGACAAUGGUUACAUAGAGUACCAAGUUAUCUGAUAUAAAAUUGCUGAAAAGUGAGCUAUCAUGAGCUGAAUGGUGUUGGGGAAUUAUUAAGGUAGAGGGGUACUUACUGGUAACAGAGUUUGGAUUUACUGGAGUGCCAAUGUCUAAGAAAAAGUGAUCUUGUUAGGAAGAACUUUAAAUUCCUCCCAGGAUUGAUCUUCAAUUCCUCAGUAAUUACCUGAUUCUUAAUCAGGCAAUAUUCCACAAGACUGAGAUUGAUAGGAAAUUUUGUCUCUAAAAAUAUGUGAAUAUAUCUGUCCACAUUUUUGUUUCGCUUUGGGUUUUUUCUCUCAUCUAACAGAUCUAUGCAAGUUAUUGUAUGUUGUUUACAGAUAAUGAAUGUCAAGACUAGUACACCCACAUGUGAACAGUAUUAAUUAAGCAUUGAAUGAUAUUUGCCAAUGGUGAUUUUCAAUCCCCAAUAGUCCCAUUGAAAAGUAUAUAGUCUCAUUAUCCAAAGUCACUUAUAUAAUCGAUAACCCAGUUAUUUUUGUCUUGAAAACAGGAUAAGAUCAUAACUGCUCAUACCACCUUGCAAAGUUUCCUACCAAAUAACUAAAGUAGACUUCUGUUGUAAAAGUCAAAAAAGGUUAGAGCAACUGAAAAGUUGAUCUGCAUGCUGCACAGAAUUCUGGGAGUAGAAGGCAUGAUGGACUUUGUCGAAAAAGGAAGGACUGCUCACAGUCUACUGACUGGGUGGGUUUAACCCAUUAACUCCCACAUCAAAUUCUCCUUAAAGUCAACAAUACAACACUUAUGUUUGUUUAGAGAAUUUAUUAUUAGAUCAACUAAUUAUCCCUAAAUUGAUAUUUUUCUUUAAUUUCAUCACUUCUCUGGUUGGUAUAGUAUUGAUAUUGUAAGGAGAAAUUCUGUCUUGGUCACUCAUGGGAGUUCAAUGGUUAUUACUGUUCUUUGAUUUCAAUUGGGAGAAUGCUGUGCUUGGUGCUAGGUGACCCAUUUCAGGCUUUUGUUUCUAGCAGUUUUUUCCUUGUGUCUAAUAAGCAGUCACCAACUAAAGUUGUUCUAGAAAAGGAAAAAAUGCUAGUCCAAAACACUGAGCA